AUUCCCAAGACCGUCCCUAGGCGACUGCGCAUGUCUGAGAGGAAACUCCAUUAUUUUUUUGGCACGGAAUCCUAAGGAAAAAAUAGGAACUUGGAAACAAGGAUAAAGCAAAAGGUACACAAUUGAGUCCAAAUCAUAUCAGAAGACAUGGUUGCACGCCCAAAUGAAGUUUGAGUCGAUGUUUCGGGUUUGAAUGGAACGAUCGCACCCGCUACGACCGACAAGGAUCAUCUCGAAAUUAAAGUCAUUUGCGACAAUGCAACGGGCGCAAUAAAACCCAUCGUUAUUGCUCUUUGUUUUUAAACAGGACGGGCCGAUGGUACACGCCUAAGAGACGAACAAUUUAACAAAAAAAUAAUGAUCGUUUCAUAAAAUAACGGUUAUAACAGCAGCCCUUGCAACUAAACUCUGUCAACUAGCUAGCUAGCUAUUGCUAUCUCUAGCUUCUGCACUGCAGCGCGGCGAAGGAACAGGAAACUUCGUAAACAGAGUUGCACUCUCACGUGUGGAGAAAAGGUUGCUUCCAGGACAUCAAACAGAACCCAGUGACACAUUUCACACCCACUGUUAUCCUCACUUCUCCUUACCAACUGAUGGCUUGUUUGUACGGGGAAAUUCCCAGGCUUCAACAGAGCGCACGAGUAGAGCAGAACAGCAGAGAGGGCGUGAGCGCAGGCAGGCAGUCAGCUGGAUCGGUGUCCCAGUGUGUACAGCUCUGCUCUGUGAACAUGUCCUCUGAGAGCUGGAUUCCUUGGACGCUACUGACCAGGGCUAUAUGAAGAUGAAAAGGUGCUGGAAGCCUGUGAGCAGAAAAUGACGGGAGGUAGUGAGUGUGCUGCUGGAGACAAAGAUGGCGUCCCCACACGGACAGCACAGGUGCCCGUGGGUUGGCAGAGAAAAUUGGAGGACGGGGCGGUGGCCUACAUCAGCCCAAGUGGCACCAUCCUGUCCUCAGUGGAAGAGGUUAGGGCGUACCUGCUGACAGACAGCACGUGUAAGUGUGGGUUGGAGUGCCCACUGGUCAUCCACAAGGUCUUUAGCUUUGACCCGGUGGCUGUAGUGAGGCCACAGAGCCAACAGCCUGGCAAGGCCGAGGAGGACAUGACGAAGCUCUGCAACCACCGCAGGAAAGUGGUCGCCAUGGCAGCACUGUGUCGCAGUAUGCAGGCCUCCCAGCUUCCUCUCCACGGCCCCGGGAGCUCCUUCUGUUCCAUGGAGAGAGGGGGCCCUCUGGGAGUCCGGAUGGAAGACGGAGGCCACUGCACUUAUUCAGUCCAACCUCGACUCUCUGCUCAGUCCAGGUCCAACAGCAGCCCGGCCCCUUGUGGAGCAAGCAGCAGCUUCCCAGUGUCUCCUACAAUGACACUCCACCACAACGGAUCCUUGGCUCACUCCAACGCUCUCCUGUCCUCCGAGGGCGCGGUCGUCUCAAAGAGGCCGUCGUCGUCUUCCCCCGGUUGCAACUCGGCGGGCUACGGCGUGCCUCCGUGGUGCGCCCGUCCCUCCACGCCUCACACCAUCAUCCAAAGGCUGCCCCAGGCCUCGGGGUCGCCGGGCUCGUCAAAGCUGGGGACCCACCCGGGCAGCGUCUUAUCGCUGGACGUCGCGCUCUCUGCCUCGUCCUCGCCGUCCGCUUUGUCUCUGACCAUGACGGGAGGAAGGCCCGGACAGAGGCAGCAGCAGCAGCAGCAGCAGCAGCAGCAGGGGAGCGGCGUCAAGUCGCCCUCGCCCAUCUCCCUGUGCCUGUCGCCCUCCAGGCCCCUGGACGCUACCUCUCCCCACCAGCGCUCACGCCACUCCUCCGCCUCCUCCACGCUCUCCCCUGAGGCCGCCGCUUGCUGGGCCUCUGGGGGUCGCUUCCUGUUCCCCCUCGUCCGGGCGAGUCCUGGGCGCCUGGAGGGCAUGUUGCAGCACUACAAAGACUGCAGCGCCGCCGGCCCAGCUCCACCGCAGCACCCCAGCAACCAAAGCAACUUUCAGGUACCCCAAAAUCUGUCCCAUUUCGUGGCCGGCGGCGACAGGAAGAACGGUCCGGCGGCGGCGCCCGGCCCGGGGGCGUCGGUCCACGGUUCGGCUGGGGCGGCCGGCGGGUUCCUGGGCCUGCAGAAGACCCCGCAGCACGUCUCCUCGUUCCCGGCCAGCAGCCUGCUCUCGGCCGCCGCCAAGGCCCAAAUGGCCAGCCAGAAGAGCCAGACUCUGGGCGGCGCCGUGGGCGGUGGCGUGGCGUCCUGCGCGGCGUCCUGCGCGGGCCCCGAGAAGGACCCCCAGCAAUCCAAGGGGACUGUCUCCAGCCCUUCGGCAGGCUCUACCUCUGUCCCCUGCGCCCCUCUGCUGCCCAGCGCUGUGCCUGAAGAAAUGAACUCUCUGGUGCCCCUGACCGAACAGGACAAGAGCAAUGGCCAGAACCCUCCACUCCUGCCCCCUCUGCUCCCCCCAGGGAUGAUGGGUGACCUGACAGCCCUGGGCAACAUCAGUGGCCUCCACAGUUUACUGGGUGCAGGACCUUUGCUGCUGCCCCAAGUGCCCGGCCCUGCGCUGGGCGUUCCUCUGCCCCAAGGCCAGGGUGCCCUUAACCCACUAGCCUGCCUCAUCAACAGCCUACAGCUUAACAUGGGCCCCACCCUCACCGUGGACAAACAGCUGGGCCUGGCCGAAGCCACCAACGCGCCCCAGGAAGAGGACAUUCCGGUAAGCCAGCUGGCCCAGGAGCCCGUGCCCAACCCAGGCCACGUCCAGAGCGCUCAGCCCCCACAGCGGGAGAGCGCCGCCGCCGGGGCGCUGUUUGACCCCUACGGCUCCUUCAUGGACACCAUCUACACCUCCUUCCUGCAGGUCAGCGGAAAGGACCCCGACGCGCUGGGCGGAGGUGGCGGUGGGUCGGGCGGAGCCUCCUCCUCCUCCUCCUCGUCCUCCAACCCGCUGUCCUUCCCGGCGCCGGACCUCCCCGCCCUGCUGGCCCAGCCAAGCGCUCCGCCGUCCCUGAGCCCGCGCCGGGCCUGCUCCGUGCACAACUCGGACCUGUCGCGCCUGGGCAUGGAGGCGGCGCAGUCGCCGGCCCGCGGAACGCCCAAGCUCAGCGAGGACGCCUCGUCCACGCCGCCGCCCAGCAAGCCGGGGGGGGGCUCGGAGGGACACGACGACCAAGCGCCGCCGCAGACGCUGCCGCUGCCGCCCGCCUUCCUCGAGGAGGCCAAGACGGACGGCUCGUCCUCGCUGUGUGUCUACAGCAACGGGCUGGCCGCGGGGACGGGCCUCCAGGAGGAGCGGGAGGAGGGGGACGGGGGCCGAACGCAGCCGCAAGGCUACCUCAGCCCCCGCGCUAACGCUGAGCCCACACAGGACAGCGCGGUGUCCAAUGAAGCAGACUCGGGGAAGGAGUCCGCCACACGGACAGGAGGCCGGAGAGGAAGGAAGAGGAAACAAGUACUUGAGAGGGUGGCAGAAGGACCUGGGGGUCUAGACAGCAUCAUAGAGGAACCACAAGUUACAAUAGCACUGCCCAAGCCUGCAAGGUCCACGAGGGGCAAGAGGAGAAGAGUGGUCAGAUAGCCUCUCUCCUGACCUCGCCUGGCGGCCCCCACCCUUGGGCAGUUAGUGGACUUCUCUACCCCAUCAACACCAGCACUGUCACCGCCUGGUGACCACCCCCCAGCCCACCCAAUCCCUGAACCCCUGUAUGUGGCCGAGUCAUUGUGAAUCACUGCGCCUCACUGUGAAGACCCACAGAGACUUUUCAACGACUCCCGUUCCCCAAUAGGUGUGUUGUUCAGAUCCCCCUCUCUCGUGGAGCCAGUUGUGUGCUGUUGGGACCACUUUCUGUUUCCACGCCAACCCCAUACUCCCAGAGAUGCUGGGCCAUCGCAUCCCUGGUUGUUUUGAGGGGCAGAGAACAGGAGAAGUUUAGCUGCGAUAAAUGGAUUAUCAUUCAUUUUCAUUCUGUGUGGGAUAUUUCUACAUAUAUAGGAAAAUUGUAUAUGUCUGUGUGUGUGCGUUUGUGUGUUCACAUCGGCAACUGUGUGUAUGUGUGUUGUGAUUUUUUUUAGUUGUGUAUUACAUCAGGGUCAUGGAAAACUUGAAUGAAGUGAGUGCAGUAGGUCCAGGAGCAGUUGUUUUGCAUGUUGCGCUACGUAAGUGUGUGUGUCCUGCUGUUGCUGAGACCAGAGCGUGACCCAGCGGCACCCUUGGCACACUCGAGCUCUGCGCCCACGCCUCACCCGCCACACAGCGCUACAGUGCCCCACCUGGCCCACACAGUGCUACUGCACACAUGCACGCGUCUCAUUACCAACCAACCAACCAUUCUCUCAGCGCUGGGUGGCCUUGUCGCCGGAGAUGUGGAGACGCCUCAGGCCUGUUUUUUUUUUCCCCCUUUGUGACGCUCAUCCUAUCCUGACACAAUUCUCAGUGGGACCCAUCAUCAAGCUUGGCACGAAUUUGCCAAACAGAAAAAAAAAAAAAAA